GAAGCACAGCGCGACGGCCGCUACUCUCCGGCUAGCUCGCCUGCUGCUUCUGUUUGUUGGACUGAGGCCUUGUCGGUGAGGCGACAAUGCUUGACAUAAUGUCUGAGCACCAAGAUUCACUGUUGACGUGCAAAACGGAACCUCUGCCCCCAGAGAGGAAAAAGAGGACUGUUGAGGACUUCAACAAGUUCUGCAGCUUUGUCCUGGCAUAUGCUGGUUACAUCCCUAGUCCAAAAGAGGAGAGUUCCUGGUCCCCAACAUCAUCCAGCUCUGCACACAGUUCAGGGUUGUCAGCAGAUGGAGGUGGUGGAGGCAGCAGCAGUUCCAUGGGUAAUACAUGGGCAGAUGGAACCUCUGACAUCCACACCAUCCAUACAUUUGUCCGUAAAGCUCGAGCAAAUAAGGGCAAAAAUAUUCGCCGCAUGCACUCUGAUAGCACUCUGCUGGACAAGAUGCGCCUUAAAGACUCCCUGUAUGAGAGCCAGGCCAGCAGUAAGGCAGAGCGCAAGAAGGACAAAAAACUGAAAAAGUUGUCACUGGGUUCUGCCAUGACGGCAGCCGAUAGUGGCAGUAGUGAAGGUGAGAAAAGAGCCCGCAUCAAACGCAGCAAAAACUCAAAACAGCCAAAAGCUAAGAAGCUCAAAAGUUCAGCUGCUCAAAGUGAGACAGACUCAGAGGCACGGCAUACACAUACAGAGGUACGAGCCAUCAGAGAGGAGCUGACGGUGCAUGGGGGCUCCACUCCGAGCAUGCAGGGCCUGGGGAAGAUGCAGCCAGACGAGUCCAUCAGGGAAGCAGAGAUGAGCUCUAGUGAGGGUGAGACUUGGAUUGCAGAUGAAGACAUCAUGGUGGAGUCAGGGGAUGAUUCAUGGGACUUGAUCACCUGUUACUGUGGGAAGCCAUUUGCAGGGCGGCCAAUGAUCGAGUGCAACCAGUGUGGCAUAUGGGUGCACUUGUCAUGUGCAAAGAUCAAGAAGUCCAACGUUCCCGACAUCUUUUACUGCCACAAGUGCAGGGACUUGCGGCGGUCAGGCCACAAAAAAGACACCUAGAGACGAAGAGGAUGGGAGGGACGAGGAGCACCAAGCCUGUUUUUGCUGUCCUCUGACACUUAUUUUCUUUGAUGCCUACAGCCAAAACAGCCUAAAUUAUCACCUGGAUGGCAACAGUAUUGUCAGUUUGUAGGAUUUCUUUUGACAAUCACAACCAUUCUUAUUUAUCCCUCACAGUUUUUUUUUUUUUAAAUUCUUAGUCUUUUUUUUUUUGGCUACUGUGAAGAACUGGACAGAAGGCAACAGUGACAGUGGAGAAUCAUUUAUUCGUUUAUAAUUAAUCCCUACAUUAAUUGGCUUUAUUUUUAUAUACUGUGCUGGUGAUGUGCACAUACAUUUUCACAUUUGUUCUCAUAUUCACUGAAGGUGUAUUUUGACCUUUAAAUUAUUUUUGGGGGAUAUUGACAAAUCAGUGAAAAUUUCCUUUAAUGUCUCAAGGGAGUAUCAUUUUCAGUUUGAAAGCCUUUUCCUUUCGGCUUUAAAUCAAAGAAAGUUUUCCACAUUGACAAAAUGUAUAGCCUAAGAGAUGGUAAAUGUCACUCCUGUUUAUUUGUUUAGAAGUAUGUCAUAAUGAUAGAUGGGCAGCUCAUUUUCUUUUCCAUUGUAUUUUGGCAAUUUGUUUUUAAGUUUGCUUUUUUUGUGGUUGUCAGUGGCAACCACUGAAUGAUAAAAUGUAGAGAUCUCACUCCUCUAGAAUAAGUGAUCUUUGAAUUUACAGAAUCAGCUAACAUUUAUUAUUUUGCAUCCGCAAUGCAUCUAAAUUGCUAAAUUUCAAAUUGCACAGAGACAAUUCUUUCAGCAGUGCACUUUUUAAAUAUAAACUCAGAUACCAUUUCCACUACAUAUAUGGAUGGUACUGGGAAUAUGAUGAGCUACGGCUGAUUAAAUCUGUACUUAGCAAGCUGUGUACAUUCAUGAUUGAGCGCUUAAUGUUUCUCCCUGUCUGGCUCAUUAACCAAUCAUUGAUAGCCAUUUACCAUGAGCAACAUUUACAUUGAAAGCUGUUAAAUUUUGAUGUUUUUGUUUCAUGUGUGGUUAUUGUUUUUCUUGUUAAAAACUCAUCGUCUAUGAGGGGGUAAUCUUGCUGUAAGAUGAAUGGUUUGGCAGUGCUUUACAAUGUCAAAGUGGCUCCGAGGCUUGUUUAUGAAUGGUUGUAAAAUAUUUGUUUUUCUAUUUCAUGUAAUAGUUUAUUUCUUAGCUUUCUGAGAAGCGGGUUUAGAGAUGCACCCGCGUCAGAGAAUGGACAUAAGAUUGUCUCACAUCGAGAACAAAGUCGUAGUGUACAGAAAAUAAGUUGAUGCCGCGUAGGUUGUGGCAUUUGUUUAUGUUGUUUGGUUUUACCAUGUGCUUUUCUUUCGUUGGUGGGAGAGUCUUGGUAAGUCUCCAGUAGCAGUUGCACUCUCUCUACAACUUCAAUUCUGUGUACAUAUCCUGUUCCGACAACUGUACAUAUGUGAAAGUGAAGAGAGAAAAUACCCAAGCAAAAUCUAUAUUUUCUGCAGUCUGAUAUUGUUUUCUUUAAUUGUAGCUUGAAAAAUAAAAGUCUUU